AUGACCCGCCAGUUUCUAAUGCAGGAAGCAUCACAACAACAGCACGAGGUUCAAGAAGACGAGCACGUAGUCGAUCACUUGAAGCCAGAUGGUGCUGCUACAGGUGCUGGCUCAGUAGCUUUAGCUCCGCAGGAGUCCAUUACGGACAAAUUGUGGUCGAAUUUGACUCCAGCUUCAGGACCCAAAGCCAACAGUGAGUGGACGAUGUCCACGCUCCUCCAAGUAGGAGCCAUUAAAGGAGCGCUGGACGACGUCAUGUACGGUUCGUCUUCAUUUAGUGCUAUGGAUACGUUAAUCAAGUCCUCUUACAAAGCUGAAGAGGUCGUAGACGCAGACACAUUGUAUGAAAUUUAG